AACAGCUGGUCACAGGUCGAUUCAGACACUUCUGUUGUGGUUUCUGCCACGUUAAGACAAAAACCAGUGGCUGUAAAGUCUGGUCAUGAGUGUCAAGUCUACACUCUGGAUACUAUUCUCCAUCUACAUCCAAGGGGUGUUUCUGCAGGACUACAACUAUGAUUAUGAGGGUGAAGCAUAUGAGGAUCAACAGCCUUUGAAUUGUUCGACCACAGAAAGCAUCAAAAAUGGACGUGUCAGCUAUUCACAGGGAGGUUUAAAGGGCAGUGUGCUGACUUAUCACUGUGGCCCGGUGCAGUAUCCAUUCCCUGUCAGCUACAGGGUCUGCGGUGCUGAUGGAGAGUGGUCAACCAUGACAUUAUCUGAUGGCAGACCUUUGUCCAAAGCCACAUGCAAAGAUGUGUUGUGUCCGGCUCAGCUGCAACUGGAUAAUGGCAACUUUUGGCCCAGAAACCAGUGGUUCCGUGUCAACACAACACAAAGCUUCUCCUGCCAGGAAGGUUUCACCCUGUACGGAUCAGCACACAGAAACUGCACUCUUUCUGGAGAGUGGACAGGAGACACUCCCAUCUGUGAUAAUCAUGCUGAAGGCUGUGAUGACCCUGGGAUCCCACCCGGGGCUGUGAGGUCAGCUGGCCAGUUUCACAGGGGACAGAAGGUGACUUAUCGGUGUCAGGCUGGUCUGUAUCUACUUGGGUCGGCUGAAAGGGUUUGCCUGGAGAACAGGGAGUGGAGUGGCUCAACACCACGGUGCCAAGGCCCAAAUAGCUUUGACUCCCCCAGCUUUGUGGCAGCAGCCUUGGCAGGAUCACUGGCAGGAGUGAUGGAUGUAUUCUCUCCAGACUCCAAAAAGACAAGAGAGGUCACUUCCUACGGCCGAGUUUUCCGUGUGGCUGAAGUCAGUCGAAUGAACAUCUACAUUUUACUGGACACAUCAGGAAGCAUUAAAGAGGAGGACUUUGAAGUAUCCAGGAACGCCACUAUUGCUCUGAUCAGAAAGUUGGACAGCUACGACGUGCAGCUGAAUUUCCACGUGUUGUCAUUCGCCAGCGAGGUUAAAGUCAUCGUAGACAUCAGCCAUACGGAUAUUAGUGGCGAUGCAGAUUUGGUCAUAGACUUUCUUAUGGAGUUCAAAUACGACAGUCAUGGGCGUAAGACAGGAACAAACCUCUACUCUGCACUGUAUCACGUCUACGAGAGGAUUGCUUUAUUAAAGCAAAACAGUGCAAAGAACCAUUUUAAUGAGACCCAGAACAUCAUCAUCAUAGAAACAGAUGGUUACUCCAACACAGGAGGCAAGCCUGACAGUUCUCUGGCCCAGAUCAGGAAGUUACUGGGCUACAACAGCCCACCCCACGAUCACACAAAUGAGAGAAUGCUAGAUGUCUAUGUAUUUGGCAUUGGAAAGGAAGUGAAGAGAGAGGAGCUGAACUCUCUGGCUUCAAAGAAAACUGCUGAGCAGCAUCUCUUUAUUCUGAAAGAUUUCCAGACCCUGGGAGAUGUGUUCAACAGCAUCAUUAGUGAUGAGAGUGUGACGAUGUGUGGGAUAGCUCAGGAAGACAUCUCCAAGGACCUGCAGGCUUCAGUAAAAGCCUACACCAAGCCCUGGCAUGUGACUCUUAAAUCACCUGAAUGGGGACCCAGUAAGUACUGUUCAGGAUCUAUUUUAAGCCAGAACUGGGUUUUAACAGCUGCUCACUGCUUCACCAACGGCAAAGUCCCAGAACAGCUGGCUCUAGUACACGGUGGGGGAGAAAUUCAUGUCAGUAAAGUGAUCAUUCACUCCAAGUACAACAUCAGCAGACUCAGUCAGAGAAAUGUGUCUGAAUUCUACGACUAUGAUGUGGCUCUGGUCCAGGCGCGCAGCAGCAUCCCACUGUCCUGGAAAGCCAGACCCAUCUGCUUGCCAUGCACCAUGCCAGCCUCACGAGCCAUGAAGAAAAUCAACUCUACUUGUGAGGACCACAGAAAGGAACUACUAGCAUACGAGAAGACUCCUGCCUUUUUCACCCAUAAGAAGGAGGAACGUAAACAAACACACAUUCACACACAGACUCAGAGGCCUGCCUGUGUGGAAAAGGCCAGACAAAUACUAAAACAGCCCACAGAUGUGACUUUGGAUGAGCUUGUACCUGAGCGAUUCCUCUGCACUGGUGGCACCGAGGGAUUCCAGGAUGCCAUCACAUGCAAAGGAGACUCUGGUGGAGCCUUGUUUCUGCAGAAAAGAAAGCGCCACUUUCAGGUGGGAGUUGUCAGCUGGGGUAUCAUAGAUACAUGCAAAUCUGUCCAUGGGUCACACAGCAGCAGCAGGCCUCCUCCAGAUGCUCGAGACUUUCACAUCAACCUCUUCAAGAUAAUGCCGUGGCUGAAAGAGCAGCUGGGUGCUGAGAUCAAGUUCCUGCCUGAGAUCUAGAGAAGGUCCAGAUAUUAAUGGAAACUUGAUCUGAUGCCACUUUAAACAGUGCAAAGGCAGGGAUUAUGCCUUUUGUACUUCUUUUGGAGAUGUUGCAAUUAAUUCAUCUACCUGCAUCAAGCCUUUGUUUUAAUACAAUUAAUGUUAUUUUAAUUACUCUUUUCAUGUUAACUGCUGGCGAAUGCAGACAUAGGAUGUACUGCUUUAGCACUGGACUGGUAGUGUAUAUACAUGUUCAAAAGUGACAUUCUUACACAAAACAGGUAAAAUUGUAAACUUCCUCCUCUUUUGCUGAAGUUGUGAUGACAUGCAAUCAUGCAAUCCUCACAUCAAGCACAACCACUGCAGAUCUGACCUCAUCUGCCUGUCACUUUCCAUUUAGGGCUGAUGUCAGUAUAUUGUUUAAAUGUUUAAACAGUGGUUGCAGACAAAUACUAGAAAUAUAUACAAAGUCAUGAACAGCAAUAACAAUCCGUUUUUCAAAGCUUUAUUGGCCAUUUUAGUUGUGAUUUUUAGCAAUGAGGUGCAGUACAGCAACAGAGAGUUUUUGAAAAUAAAACCAUGCAAAAUCACUAUCUAUGUACCAAACUUGUACACAGCAUUGGUAAUCAAACUACAGUUAAUCUUUUUCUGUUUCACUGUUUCUUGUAACACAGUCUGAAUAAAUUACCUGACUC